AUUUCUGUUUAUUAAUCGUGGAAAUCGAUCGUCCGCCGGAUUACAGAGCUCGACGGUCCAGAUGAGCGCUAUGCGUUCAUGGAAACGAAGAUUAGAUGGAAUUGAGUCGAUUAAUUGGGUGUUUUCCUCAGCCGUCCGAUGUGAGAGGGCGUCCGAGCGGACGGUAUCCAGGAGUGAGGGAGUCUAAUACAUACGAGACUGUCCGCUUGACACAGAGCACCGAGCAUCGAAGAGUCUUGUGUCCCCCACGCACCAAAGCUUCACUCUUGCCAUCUCGUCUCUCUGUCUUCGUCUCCGCGUCCCCGCUCGACUCUUCUCCCUCGUUGAGCCGUAUCGCCUAUCUGUCAACAUGGGUGCCAAGGUAUACCCCGAGGUGAGCGAGGAGUACAAGGUCGCCGUCGAGAAGUGUAAGAGGAAGUUGAGGGGCUUCAUUGCAGAGAAGAACUGUGCACCUCUGAUGGUCCGGUUGGCAUGGCACUCUGCUGGAACUUUUGACCACAAGACCAAGACCGGAGGUCCCUACGGAACCAUGAAGAAUGCCGAGGAGUUGGCCCACGGAGCUAACGCAGGUCUGAACAUCGCCGUCAACCUGCUCGAGCCCAUCUACCAGCAAUUCCCCGUCCUCUCAUACGCCGACUUCGUUCAGCUCGCUGGAGUCGUUGCCGUCGAAAUCACUGGCGGACCAACCAUCGACUUCCACCCCGGUCGCGAGGACAAGAAGGAUUCUCCCCCAGAAGGCAGACUUCCCGACGCCAGGAAGGGCCCAAGCCAUUUGCGCGACGUUUUCUACGCCUAUGGAUUGAACGACAAGGAGAUCGUUGCACUCUCUGGUGCCCACACCUUGGGACGUGCCCACAAGGAACGCUCUGGAUUCGAAGGACCGUGGACUCCCAACCCACUCAUCUUCGACAACUCCUACUUCACCGAAUUGCUUACCGGAGAGAAGGAAGGACUCUUGCAGCUGCCCUCAGACAAGGCACUUCUUGAAGACCCCAAGUUCCGAGAGUUCGUUGACUUGUACGCAAAGGACGAGGACGCUUUCUUCGCUGACUACGCCGAAGCACACCAAAAGCUUUCUGAGCUAGGAUUCGCUGAGGAGUAGAGAAGUCUGAAAAAGUUACGCCCGCUCAACUCAGUUCUCACGUACACUCCUGCAGCUACCUGUGAGACCAUUCGAGCUCUCCAAGAACACUCAUGAAAUCAAGUCAUGGCUUCCGGGUACUGAAGACAGCACGCUAAUUUCACCUGUGAUUAAUCUUCGCCCAGAUUCGCAUACUUAUAUAUUCUUAGAACGACACACAUUUUAAAGUUGUGCCCGAUUUUCGUGUAGUCGAUGAGGUGUACUAAAGUCCACGGAUGGUGUGAGUACCUUUGUGGUCCUUCACAGACUUUUGCCAAUAAUACAAGAGCUACUCAGCCGCCGACCUUGGUGUAUAUGAAUAUUUUGCAU